UCUGACCGCCGGGGAGCACUGGUGGCUCUUUAGGUGGCGUUUGUUGCUGUGAAAGGCGGAGAACGCAGCAAGUGCCCUUCUGAAGCGCCUGGGAGCCAGGGGCGCUCCUUCUGUAAAAGCGCCUCAACCUAAAUGACUAAAUGCAGGCUGCCAAGGUUAUUUCUUCCUUGAGGCAGAAAAAAAGAGAACUGUGAUUGAAGGGAACAAGUCAUACAAUGGUGGAGGAAUAGGUUCUUCAAAUAGGAUCAUGGACUUCUUGGAGGAGCCAAUACCAGGUGUAGGUACCUAUGAUGAUUUCAACACAAUUGAUUGGGUGAGAGAGAAGUCUCGAGACCGGGAUAGACACCGAGAGAUCACCAAUAAAAGCAAAGAGUCAACAUGGGCCUUAAUUCACAGUGUGAGCGAUGCAUUUUCCGGCUGGUUGUUGAUGCUCCUUAUUGGACUUUUAUCAGGUUCCUUAGCUGGCCUGAUAGACAUCUCUGCUCAUUGGAUGACAGACUUAAAAGAAGGCAUAUGCACAGGAGGGUUCUGGUUUAACCAUGAACACUGUUGCUGGAACUCUGAACAUGUCACCUUUGAAGACAGAGACAAAUGUCCAGAGUGGAAUAGUUGGUCCCAACUUAUCAUCAACACAGAUGAGGGGGCCUUUGCCUACAUAGUCAAUUAUUUCAUGUAUGUCCUCUGGGCUCUCCUAUUUGCCUUCCUUGCUGUAUCUCUUGUCAAGGUGUUUGCACCUUAUGCCUGUGGCUCUGGAAUUCCUGAGAUAAAAACUAUCUUGAGUGGUUUCAUUAUUAGGGGCUAUUUGGGUAAGUGGACCCUGGUUAUCAAAACCAUCACCUUGGUGCUGGCAGUGUCCUCUGGCUUGAGCCUGGGCAAAGAGGGCCCCCUAGUGCACGUGGCUUGCUGCUGUGGGAACAUCCUUUGCCACUGCUUCAACAAAUACAGGAAGAAUGAAGCCAAACGCAGAGAGGUCUUAUCAGCUGCAGCUGCUGCUGGUGUAUCUGUAGCUUUUGGGGCACCUAUCGGAGGAGUGUUAUUCAGUCUGGAAGAGGUCAGCUACUAUUUUCCCCUCAAAACUUUGUGGCGUUCAUUCUUUGCUGCCCUGGUGGCAGCAUUUACUCUACGCUCCAUCAAUCCAUUUGGGAACAGCCGCCUAGUUCUGUUUUAUGUGGAGUUUCACACCCCGUGGCAUCUCUUUGAGCUUGUACCAUUCAUUCUGCUGGGCAUAUUUGGUGGUCUGUGGGGAGCUCUGUUUAUCCGCACAAACAUUGCCUGGUGUCGGAAGCGUAAGACCACUCAGUUGGGCAAGUAUCCCGUCAUAGAGGUACUCAUCGUGACAGCCAUCACUGCCAUCCUGGCUUUCCCCAAUGAAUAUACCCGAAUGAGUACAAGUGAGCUCAUUUCUGAGCUGUUCAAUGACUGUGGCCUUCUGGACUCCUCCAAGCUGUGUGAUUAUGAGAAUCGUUUUAAUACAAGCAAGGGCGGUGAACUGCCUGACAGACCGGCUGGCGUGGGAGUCUACAGUGCCAUGUGGCAGCUGGCUUUGACACUCAUCCUGAAAAUUGUCAUUACUAUAUUCACCUUUGGCAUGAAGAUCCCUUCUGGCCUCUUUAUCCCUAGCAUGGCUGUUGGUGCUAUAGCAGGUCGGCUUUUAGGAGUAGGAAUGGAACAACUGGCUUAUUACCACCAUGACUGGACAAUCUUUAAUAGUUGGUGUAGUCAGGGAGCUGAUUGCAUCACCCCUGGUCUUUAUGCGAUGGUUGGGGCUGCUGCCUGCUUAGGGGGUGUGACUCGCAUGACUGUUUCUCUUGUUGUCAUAAUGUUUGAACUGACUGGCGGCUUGGAAUAUAUUGUGCCUCUGAUGGCUGCAGCCAUGACAAGCAAGUGGGUGGCAGAUGCACUUGGACGGGAGGGCAUUUAUGAUGCCCAUAUCCGUCUCAAUGGAUACCCCUUUCUUGAAGCCAAAGAAGAGUUUGCUCAUAAGACCCUGGCAAUGGAUGUGAUGAAACCCCGGAGAAAUGAUCCUUUGUUGACUGUCCUGACUCAGGACAGUAUGACUGUGGAAGAUGUAGAAACCAUAAUCAGUGAAACCACUUACAGUGGCUUCCCAGUGGUGGUGUCCCGGGAGUCUCAAAGACUUGUAGGCUUUGUCCUUCGAAGAGAUCUGAUUAUUUCAAUUGAAAAUGCUCGGAAGAAACAGGAUGGAGUUGUGAGCACUUCUAUCAUUUAUUUCACUGAGCAUUCUCCUCCAAUGCCACCAUACACUCCACCUACCCUGAAGCUUCGGAACAUCCUGGAUCUCAGCCCCUUCACUGUGACUGACCUGACACCCAUGGAGAUCGUAGUGGAUAUCUUCCGCAAGCUGGGACUACGACAGUGCCUGGUUACACACAAUGGGCGUUUGCUUGGAAUCAUUACCAAAAAGGAUGUGUUAAAGCAUAUAGCACAGAUGGCGAACCAAGAUCCUGAUUCCAUUCUCUUCAACUAGAAUCAUGGGGUUGUUCUGGAUAUAAAACAGGAAGGACAUUGCAGACCAUGGAUAUAUUUUAUUAACUGGGUACCCAAAACACAUUUCCCAUAUUUGGAUGGUGAAGUCAUAUUAGCGUGUUGUCUCUUUCCUACAAGUUAACCAGUUGCACUACAUAAUCUCUGGAAAUUAAUCUUCUCUUUAGGAGAAAAUACAGUUAGGCUUCUGUGAUACUGCAUUAGGAAGAUCUCAUGAAAGAGUAAACAAGAUUGCUGUGGUUUAAUUAUAUUUGUUUUUUUUUUUAAAUAUUUUUUUAAUUUAAAAGUAAUCGUUAGCCAAUAUGCAAUCACUGAAAACUAUGCAAGAAAAAUUCCAACCGUCCUGACCUAUAGCCUGCAGGAAACUCAUGAAAAAGUUACUUUUGGUGGAUCUAACUGUCAUUGGUGGAAGAUGAAGUGUAAACUAAGGGGCUUUGCUUUUCAAACCACCGAAAGGAAAGCCAGAAGGAAAAUAGUAAUGGUAUUCUCUAGACUGUGAAGAUUCAGUUCAAAUGUUAUUCUUGUUCCUGUUACAAUAUUUAGCAUUAUUAGUUUGUUCUAUGUUUAUGUAUGUUAAUUUUAAUUUCUGAUUAUAAGACAAUGCUGCUUUAGUUAAUCUCCUCUAAAUGAAUUGAGAGAGGUUGACUUUUAUAGCUUGCUUGUUCCUGGUACUCUUUUGAAGUGCACAAAGAUAAGUUAUAGAGCUUUCUCCUUGUCUGCAAAAAAAAAAAAAAAAAAUGGUAAUUUUCCAGAUGGUAUCUGUUAGCUAGUAGACAAGGACUUUGCCAUGAAUUUGUAGCAACGAAUGAUUUCUUCCAGCUUCCUUGAAAUGAAUGAUGAGUAAAGUUCUAAGCAAAGUCAAAGACUAGGAAUUUCACAUUUUUGUGAGGUCCUAAGUGAAACUCUUACCAGAUGCCACCUCCACGAAUGAUGGUGCUUUAGGCUUCUGGAAUAUGUAAGAACAGUAAAGGGAACUAAGUCUGGACUGCAUACUGGUAAACCAGGGAAGAUUCAGAGCUGCGUCAACAUCCUCAUGCAUUCCUUUGUAAAGACCACCAGGAUUGAAAUAACUAACACUCAUGCUCCUCCCAGUGUGAAGUACUCAUAACAGGCCAGCUGUCCCCAUGAGCAUGGAUUAGGCUUGGGAUACUUUCAAAUAUAUUCAAAGCUUUGGAACAGAAUGGGCAACUGUGACUCCCUUGGGGGUCCUUAAAAUUCCAAAAGGCAAAUCCAUCCUAAGACCCGGGGGUGUGGACAAGACCUGGUGACACCAAAGGUGCUUGUAUCCAAUUGAAAAGGUGCCUGUCUCAAUUUCCUACCACACUUAGAACAGUUUUAAACAAUUUACACUAUAGGGACACCUGGUGGAAUUAAAGAACCACCACCAUCAUUCCAAC